AGUGCGGGCGCGGCCGCCGCCGGGCAGCGCUGCGCCCUCGCGGCUCCCGCUUGCGGGCCGCAGGCUCCCGGCCUGGGGGCCGAGCGAGCCCGGGCUAUGUCCUCCUCUCGCGGCUUCCUCUACGGCUACUUCUGCUUUCUCAGCCGGGCGGCCGCCCGCCGUUCCCUGCUGCUAUGCCAGCGGGCCACGGGGGCUUUCUCCGUCCUCCCGGGGCUGCUGCUGCUCGGCGGCGCCCGGCGGCGCCUCUCCGCCUCCCGCGGGCGGGAGGGCGGCGGCCGGGCGACGGCGGCGACGGUCGGGCCGUGCGCGUCGAGGCGACGCGGCUACGGCGGGCUCGGCGCGGCGGCGGCGGCGGGCGGCGGGUUCCGGCCGGCGCGGGUGGCCGUGGUGGCCAAGACGACGCGGUACGAGUUCGAGCAGCAGCGGUACCGCUACGCCGGGCUCUCCGAGGAGGACCUCAAGCAGCUGCUUGCCUUGAAGGGAUCUAACUACGCUGGUCUACUGGAGCGACAUCGCAUUCAUACAAAAAACGUGGAGCAUAUUGUAGACAGCUUACGGAACGAGAGGAUAGAAGUCCGUCUUGUUAAACGUCGUGAAUAUAAUGAAGAGACAGUUCAGUGGGCAGAUGCUGUUAUAUCAGCAGGAGGUGAUGGUACAAUGUUACUGGCAGCCAGUAAGGUCUUUGAUAAAUUUAAACCGGUUAUUGGAGUAAAUACGGAUCCUGAAAGAUCAGAGGGCCACUUAUGCUUGCCUGUGAGAUAUACACGCUCUUUUCCUGAGGCGCUGCAGAAGCUUUAUCGUGGUGAGUUCAGGUGGCAGUGGCGGCAACGAAUCAGACUGUAUCUUGAAGGAACUGGUAUUAACCCUACCCCUGUAGAUCUACAUGAACAGCAGCUAAGCCAGGAGCAACACAGCAGGGCUCAUAUAAAUGAAAGAUUCCAGGAUCAAAGAUCUGAGAUUUCUGGUCCUCAUCUUUUGCCAGUGAGAGCACUCAAUGAAGUCUUCAUUGGGGAAUCUCUCUCAUCCAGGGAGAACUAUAAGUCCUGCAAACCCAGUUUUAAAUUCUCGCUUCAUAGGGCCUCCUAUUAUGAGAUAUCAGUUGAUGGUGGUCCUUGGGAAAAACAGAAGAGUUCAGGGCUUAACGUAUGCACCGGAACAGGAUCAAAAGCAUGGUCCUAUAACAUUAACAAAGUAGCAAAUCAAGCUGUUGAAGAGAUCCUUCAGAUUGCUAAAAAGCAUGGAGGCUUGAAUCUGCCAUUGAACACAGAACUAGUACAAAAAGUAACAAAUGAUUACAAUGACUCCCUGCUCUAUAGCCCAGAAGAACCAAAGAUGCUUUUCAGUAUUCGAGAACCUAUUGCAAACCGAGUUUUCUCAAGUAGUCGGCAGCGUGGCUUCUCUUCAAAAGUCUGUGUCCGUUCCCGUUGUUGGGAUGCAUGUAUGGUCAUAGAUGGAGGAACAUCUUUUGAGUUUAAUGAUGGGGCAAUAGCUUCAAUAUUGAUUGAUACAGAGGAUGCACUGUGCACUGUUCUGCUGGAAGAAUGAGGGACCCGAAUGUGUUUUCUGUUGAAACAAUUCUGGAUCCAGAGAGGGAACUCCUGGAGAUAGACAGCAUGUCACAAUGCUGUAUUAGGUUGGAAGUUAGCUUUUUUUGGAUGCAAGAGCAUUUGAGAGAAGCUUGAGAUGCUUUUCUUUCCUUCAGAUGGGGAAAUUUUAGAACCCUGAUACUUGAGCUGUUUUGCAUCUGGUGUAAAAAAAAAAAAUGCAUCUGAAGUCUUACAACUUCAGUGAAAAUUGACCCUUAUAACCUGUAAGGCAAACAUGAAAGAGCAUCUUUUUAAACUUAGGUAGAUGGGUUCAGAUAUUAAGUGAGUAGCAUUAAAUAUUCAGAUGUACAGUUUUUUUAUAGCAGUCUGGGACUGAUAAAACUAAACACCUUCAUACAUAUACUUUUGUAGAAAAGUUGACUGUCAAGAUUGAAUAACUUGAUGCAAGGAUACAUAGAUUUUUUUGGUAAAUUCUGAUACCUAACAAAAAUGGAAAUACAAACUUUUUAUAUGCUUUUCAAAAAUUUCACAACUUUAUAGUUUUCAUAUAACUUAUGACAGAUCUUUUGGCUCUUCUAUUUUUUUUCCCUUACUGUAUAGAUUUGCAUUAACUUUCAUCUGUUUAGUUUUUAGAAGCUCUGUUCACAUACCUUGAAUGAGUUAGCUCUCACCUUUGCUGUUAGGAUAGAGAGACUUGAAACCUAAGGGUGUUCUUAAGCCCUUUAACAGGAAUACUUAUCUAAAAAAAAGUGUAUUGAAGUAAUGUAUGCUGCUUCACUGAAUGGGGUAACUGGUUUCCAGGUGUUCAGUCACAACAGUUUAUGUAGGUAACUAUCACUAAAAGGCCUUAGUAAAUAAAAUGGUUUGGAAUUUUGGCUUCUGAGCUGCUUUGUCACUACAGAAGAAUGAGAUGUGCUAGGUGUAGUAGUUGGAGUGCAGGUUAACAAUAUGGUUUUCUGUCUUCCAAGUAUGAGUUUCUAACUACCCCAUAAAAUGCUUCCUUUCUGAACCCCAUGCUGAAUUCUACUCGUUCAAUUGGCAGCAAAUUAUAGCUAACUUCAUAUGCUUCUGAUUACAUAUCUGUUAGGUAAACAAGGUUUUUAAUACAGCAAAAAAAAAAAAAAAAAAAAAAAAGCUCUAUGAUUUUAAAAGAGGGAAUUGACUUUUAAAUAAUGUUUUAAACUGUAAACUGUGACUGCCUUUAGAAGUUCAUGCUGAUUAAUGCAUAGAGGAGAAGGCAGAAUUUGAGAAAAUGUUUCCUACAGCUGGAACUCUUCUGGUACAUGACUUGAAUCAAAUUUUUUUUUUGUUUGUUUACUACAGAUCUAUUUUUAAAAGGCAGAUUCCCUAAAAAUACUUCUGGAGAGGCUUCUGUAACAGAUGUUCUCAGAUCUAAUGGAAAUAUUCUCCAGUGUGGCCAAUCAGUGUAUUUAUUACCAAUCACAAAAAUGUAAACUGAUUUUUGUAAGUGGAGGAAGUGGAUAAAGGAUUUCUCCCUUCCACCAGUGUUUUUCCCCCUUCAGAGUUCACUCUGAAAGAGUUUAGAGGAAAAGGAUUUGACAAGACCAUUGAAUUCUAGAAAAAUGGGAUACUGAUACAGCCUUUUCAAUAAGCUAUCACUGUUUUGUGCACAUCAUCUUUUAAGUGUGCUGGUGAUUGAAGUGUUAUUUGCAAUAUCUGCUUGAGUUAUCUGAAUUGUAAAUGGGAAGGGGAAAAUCAAAGUGGUCAAAUAUUCUCUAGAAACUUUUAAAUUCUGGAAACUGUGAGAAUAAAGCUCUUUGUAUGUCUAAAGUAAUCUGCAAAACUACUCUAAAGGUAAAGAUGUGAAUGACUAAUCCUUUAGAAAGUAGGUUGCCCAGAAACUAGGGGAUUAGUUAUUCCUAAUCCAUCUAUAACCAGCUAAAUGAUGGCUUAUGUGCCUCUGUCUAGUAUACCAGUCAAUGUUUUUUUUUUUUUUUUUUUUAAAAAAAAGAAUUUAUAACUUCCUAGGACUUUGUUACUAACUGUUAGACCAGAGACUUAUUUGGGAUUUAGGUAUUUAAAGUGCCCUUGAACACCUACAUGGAUUAAAAUUUAUGGCACAAGUUCUUUUCCCUACUUAAUCAGAGCUCUGUAAUGUUUAAAUGGAGACUGAGUAGGGUGUCAUUCUCUUAACUAUAUCAUUCCUUAUUCUGAAUGCUGAUUCUAAAAGGCACUGUUUUUCCAAGUCCUAUAGACCCUAAGUAUAAUCUGGUUUAAGGCCAGAGGGUUUAGGGUUUAGUAAGAGAUUUCACAGUUAAGUUCCUAACCAUUAUGUAGUGAAAUGGAAACAUGACCUACUCAUGAGUGUCCUCUGCUGGCUUUGUGUCUGUAUUUAAUUGCACUUCUGUUGAAGCAUUUACUGGUGAAUGCUUGAUUUAAAUAACUAGGAUGGGUCAGAAAUCUAUAGUAGAUAAUCAGUAAGCAGGGCUAGCUUUUAAUAAAGAACUAUAAAAUGCUUUUUAAGAAUCCUUUAUUACAAAGGAAUACAGUACAGACAAUUUACCUGAUAGUGUUCUGUGAUGUGACUUGAGUGUUGGUUUAAUGGUGAUUUAAUUUGCCUAGUCUGGUAAUCAACUCUGUCUCUCUUCUACCUGCUGAUUCAAAUCCCUGGUCUGUUUUCAUUUAGUGCUGGUCUGCACUUCUGUGUUCUGCUAAAAUAAACCUGUCAUUCUCUGCUUUUUAAAGUGGUGUUUAUACAUUAUGUAAUAAAAUUAAAGUGUAAUAACU